AUCUUAUUUGAACCGUUAAAGUAGAAGCAAUUAUUUCUUUAACAUGACUAUUUUUUGUUUAAAUGACUAUUCGUCAUUGGUAGUUGUUAAUCCUAUUUUAGGUUUCAUCUAUAUAAUAAGUAACAACAUCAAAUAGCAAAGAUAAUGUACUUAUAUCAUAUAGGUAGGUACUAUAGCAUAUUCUACAUUGAGUUAUUUUAAUGUUGAUAUUAUCGUAUAGCCCAAACGUAAAAGGAUUACGAAUGUAAUAUCGACGUCUGCAGAUGAACCGCCAAUCAAAAAAAGGAGAACAGGAGACGUUCGCCUUAUACAAAAUUUGAAACCUCAUCGCAAACGUAAGAUAUUAACGAACGUACUUUUAGAAUCUGAUGAACCACCGAUCAAAAAAAGGAGAACAAGAGAUGUUGAACUUACUGGAAAUUUGAACAUUAAUCGCAAACGUAAGAUGCCAACGAACGUACUGUUGGAGUCUGAAGAGCCACCGAUCAAAAAGAGGAGAACAUUAGAUGUUGAACUUACUGGAAAUUUGAAACCUCAUCGCAAACGUAAGAUGCCAACGAACGUAGUGUUGGAGUCUGAUGAGCCACCAAAUAAAAAGAGGAGAACAUUAGAUGUUGAACUUACUGGGAAUUUGAACUUGAAUCGCAAACGUAAGAUGCCAACGAACGUACUGUUGGAGGCUGAUGAGCCACCGAUCAAAAAAAGGAGAACAUUAGAUGUUGAACUUACUGGAAAUUUGAACAUUAAUCGCAAACGUAAGAUGCCAACGAACGUACUGUUGGAGUCUGAUGAGCCACCGAUCAAAAAGAGGAGAACAUUAGAUGUUGAACUUACUGGAAAUUUGAACAUUAAUGUAAAACAAUUUUUAUAUAAUUUUUACUACAUAACUAUAGAGGUAUAUUCUACAAUGAAUUAUUUUUAUAUUGAUAUUAUCGUAUAGCACAAACGUAAGAUGUUGAUAAACGUACUGUUAUAGUCUAAUGAAUCGCCGCUCAAAAAUACGAAAACCGAAGAUGAUCAACUUACAUUGAAAUCUCAUGUAAAAUAAUUAUUGUUAUAUUAUUUACUACAUGACUAUUAUAGAGGUAUGUUGCGCAUUAUUUAAUAGAAUUUGAUAUCCUUGUACGACAUUUUUACUAAAUUUGGAUUAGGCACGGUUCUGAGUUUACGCUGUACAAAAAUAUCAACUUACCCCAAAUUUGAAAUCUCAUAUAAAAUAAUUAUUAUUUAAUCCUUAUUACAUUAAUAUAAAGGUAUAUUUUAUCCACAUUUAAUUAUUGAAGUAUUUGAGAUCAAACAUUAUUCAAUAACUAAAUGUCUCUAGUGUAAUGUAGUAGAGACUAAAUAAUAAUUUUAUUGUUAUACAUUAGAUUUCAAAUUUUGAGGAAGUUUAUAUUAUUGUAUAUCGCAAACGUAGAAUCGUGCAAAACAUAGUGUCGAAAAAUGAAGCACCACUAAUAAAAAAAAAAAAGAAUGAUCAAUUAAUUCUUAAUUUAAAAUUUGAUGUAAAUAGUUAAUAGAUUCUAUAGCAGGUAAUGUAAUAAAUCAGAAAAUAAUAACUAUUUUACACGAACUUUCGAUUUUGAAUUUGGUUGAUUAUGGAUUUUUCGUUUUUUUUUUGAUUGGUAAUUGUUACUUGUUAUUCUAUGUCCAAUACCAAAUUUAGUAAAGAAUUUCGUUUGCGCUUUACAAGAAUCAAAUUCCAUUAUUAAGCGCACAACAUACCUCUAUAUAGUAAUGUAGUAUAUAAUAAAAUAAUAACUGUUUUUCAUGAGUUUUCAAUGUAAGUUGAUCAUCUGUGGUUUUCCUCUUUUUGAGCAUAUAUAAAUAGCACAUAUAUAAUCUGAUAUUAUAUGUUUAAUAAUUUAUUGUUGAUUAAUAUUAUUAUUAUAUAGGUUAAGCCCAAAAUGUUAACAAUGGAAUAUAUUACCAAAAAUUGUUGUUCUAUGUUUUCAUAUGGCGUAAAACGUAGCAGGCUAUUCGAUGUUGUGGAAGCUUCUUUGUCAUUGGUUCAUAAGAAACGAUUAUAAUAAUAUUACUAAUAAUUAAGUUAUGUAACUUUGAUAAUGUUUUUUAGAUUAAAUAUAGUGCCAAAAAAUUGUACAAUUUGAUGAAGAUCGAUAAAAAGUCACAGAACAAUAGCCCUACACACCACGAAUCAUUAUCUGCUACUAAUGAUUGCAAGGCGACCCUCAAGUUUCCAUCGAGCAGAGUUGCACGUCUCGGACGGCCAAACCCGUACCUGCAGACCAGUGCCGGUGCACGACUGUGCACGAAAAAUCGAAUUCAAAAAAAUUCGAUAACCAUAUAACGUUAACCAAACGUUAAAACCGACUUGGUUCAAACUACAAACAAUGGAUGAAAUAACAGUUGGUUAGGUGAACAUAACAAAAAUCUAUUGGUUUGUUGAUAAAGACUAUCAAGAUAAAGACUGUUGUUAUAUAUUCGUUAGACCUAACGGUAUUACCUGUAUUAUUGAUGAUUGUUGUUUUCUAGUUAUUUUGUUUUUUCUGUUAUUGUUAAAAUUGUUAAAAUAUUGUUAAAUUCAAAAUAUUUUGUUAUAGACAAUUAAUAUACGCCACGUAUUGCUUAUAAAUA